AUGGACGGCGCUCACGGUUUGUCCUACGUCGCGCCCUCGUCUUCGCGUCCUCGACCAUACCAACUCAUCACCUCUUCUUACACCGAGCUGGCCCUGAUUCGUGAGGCUGAGCGCGAUGUCCAGCACAUGCUGGUGUGGAACUACUACCGGCGCGAUGCCAAUUGGCGCGUCCUUGAGAUGAAGAGUGAAGGAACCAAUCUCAACUGCUACGACUCCAUCCUUGUUAACUCAAAGGCCGACGGCAUUGUCGUCAUCCAGGCUUCCAGACUCUGA